CAAAAUUUCUUUUCGUUCAGUUGAUCCGUCGGGCCCUUCUUCUCUUUCUACGCUCUUUCUCCUGAUCGCACGAUUCAUCAUUGCUUCGUAUCAGCACUUUUGACACCCUAAACAUCGACUGCUUUUGAACCAAUCCACCUAGGAAUACAGUGCACCGCUAUUUAGUAUUGCCGUCCAUACAAUUACAUCAAAUGGCAUCCCAGUACAUGUCUCCGGUCUUGUGGAGGACAGUAAUCCAACGUCCGGACAUCGUGCUGCUUCAAAAACUGGUCAACCAAGCCAAGGUAGCAUCUACCUCACUCUCUGUAGCGUCUUCGCUUACAACUGAGCUUGGAUCUUUUCAGAUCGAACCUCCAAUUAUGCGCGUUCCUAUGGAUUGCAUUCCAGUUACGCUACGAGGCAAGGCGACAACUCUCUUGGGAAUGAAUUUCGGGGAUUCCAGCAGCUCACCCGAUUUCAUGGCAUUGUCGGUCUUGCAGUUCAGUAUCCUGUCGCUAUACAAUGGCCACACCACUGAAGCAGAAAUGCGCGAAGAAGCUGUUGUGAUGCUGGUCAAGGCGUCCUCGGCAGCUGAUAUCAAUGGCAACUGCUUUGGAAACGCCAGCAACGUCUUACAUCUCGCGGCAUUCUUGGGCAUGAUGACAGCGCUGAACCUCCUGAUCGUGAGUGGAGGGGACCCUUUGAUCACGAACGGCUUUGGACUCAAUGCUCACGAUAUUGUAGAGGCUCAAAGGCAUAGCCAAAAAACCAGAUAUCGACAGGACGACGGACUGGACGGGGAGGCGGAAACUUGGCAUACGACGAAUGUAUCUCCGUUGCGUAUUCGACAGAAAGACCGCGCCGACUCCGCACUAUUUGAUGUUGAGGGCCACUCGGAUUCGGGCUAUGAACACUUGUCAGAUACUGGUGAGUCCAGUAAACUUGUUGAACUGGAUUUGGCAGACAAAGAUCAAUUACCCUACCGGAACCAAGAGCAGCAUCAGCAGGAAUACAAUUGGUGCGGUAGCGACGACACUGAGGAGAAUGAUCCUGGAUACAGCAUUGGCCUCCAUGAGGACCUAGCCUGGCAUCAACGGAUUCGAUUCUGUAGCUCAUAUCCGAGCGAUGUAACUCCGCUUUAUUCGAUCCUGAAGAACCGCCAUGGCGGUCAGCUAGAGCUCUAUGCAGAGAAGUCGAAGGAAAUUCUCGCCUUCCAAGCCUAUCAGGAUUACAUUGCUGGACUCCAGAUUCGACUGAGAUCCAGAGUACAUCCACAAUCGAUUGCGUCUUUCGAGAAGGAUGACACCUCCAUCAGCAAUAAGAAAGCUGUCCAUUGGAGCUCAACUAAGAGAAUCCGCAUAUAUCAGCGUCACAUCAAUCAGGAAGGCAUCCAUCUCGAUCAAGGCGGCUUUGAUCUUUCUGAAGAGUACGAAGAGCACAUACAGGAUCAGUGCAGCUCAAACCCAUCACUCUGUACUGAGAGUUCCACGACGCUGGAUGGUAAUAACAUGUAUGGAUCAUCGAGCCCCUACGAUCGAUUCAACAAUAGUAGUCUCGACCUUAGUGCUGUGCGAGCGUUAUCAAUAACUCCAGCCUACUAUCGACCAUUGCCCGAGAUACCAAAGAUUGUAGAGUCCGGUCAUUCCUCUGAAAGGCGCAGGCAACUUCAACAGCCUACUGCAGAGCCUCCAACGCUGGUCACUAGCGAGAAUUCUUCAAGAUUGUCAAGUGCUGUAAAUACUGUACGCGGACCGCGGCCUUUGCACUCUCAUAUAGAGUUGUCAAGCUCACCUCUCUCGACGCCUUUGAUUUCGGCGAGCGAACCGCAAUCGAUUGCAGCUUUUCUGCCUGAAAGCGCGUCGUCGUCAUCUGUCCUUAGCUCUCCAGAAAGGCUUCCGAGGGUAUUGGUGCGCGCUUUUUCCCUAUCGACCACCGAGUCACCGUCGCUUCGUCGAACACCAAACACUGCUGUCCACAGCUACACAUUUCCUGGUCCAAGGCCUUCUACUAGUCAGUUCAUGCGCUCGGACAACGGCGAGGACGACACUUUGCCGCUGCAAGUCGUCAAAUCGCGUCAUCGACUCUCGCUUAGUGCCGUUACUGGUGGUUUAAUCCAUGCUCUCCCUGUCAAUGUGCACAUUCCGAAUACCGGCCCCCUGUUUCCAAACUCGAUGUCUGUGUGGGCUACAGUGCGAUCACCGCAGCGCUACUCAAAUCAGAAGGCAGCUCCGUUUCCAUCGUACAAAUCGACGUGUGUGCAACGUGGCAGUUUCGAUUCCGAUGAUGAAUUGCACGAAGAAAGUGAUCAUACGAAUACCGGUUGCGUGGACCAAGAUUUAGCUACUCUUGGAAAUCAACCUGAAGCUGAAGCCUCCAGUCCGCCCAGCCAACAAGGGAUCAUUGUGCAUAGGGAUGUAGUCUGUUCGUCCGACAAGCACGCCUACUGGAAACAGCGAAAGGAUGUCAAGGUCGUGAUUCCGCCUCAGGACUCGUCACUGAGAGCCGCAUCGCCUAGCAACAUCCAACAAGACAUGCAAGAGAUUAUUGAGGAUGCAGACAUCCAACAAACAUGUUGUAUCAAGGUUCCAAUGUCGCCAAUCAUGGAACAACAGGAGCUGCUUCAAGUUGCCACAUCGUAUGCAGGCUAUGAAGAUAUGGAGUAUAUUCAUGGAGUAACCCAUGCGACUACCUCAACCGCUCUCAAACGACUUUCAAAGGGCUUUGAAACUGGUGAAACUGUCGAGGACGGGAACACAAAGCACGAGGAGCUCUUGGGCGCAGCCUUGGUGAAUAUUCAUGGGAUCAGUGAAGGACUUGAGGCGCAAGGCUAUGUUGCACGACAGUCAAGAAUAGUAGCAAAGUACUUCAGUCCAGAUGAAGGAGCAUCUACGCCCAAUUCAAUGCAUGGGCCACCCAUUUACACUGCCGCAUCCAGGUUUAGUCUCUGGAGGGACGCGUCCGAGAUCGACAAGCAGCCAAAACGACGGACUCUUUCAAGCUGUCCUUCGCCUUCGACCACCAACACGGGAGCCCUGUACAUGAGAGUCAGAAGCAUAUGCGGCUUUGUGUUGCCGAUACCUGCCGAGAACACAAUGAUCUCUAUCCGCAUUGACACUGGACACGAAAAAGUGGACACGGAUUAUGUUCCACUGGAAGCUAUCGAGAUUCUGUUUAACCAGGAAUUCUGCCUCGAUCUAGCAUACAUUAAUCAUUGUGCUGAAAUAUCUUCCUAUUGCUUUGCCCCUAGACCUGUGAGUCCAGGAUUAGAGAUUACGAUGACGCUACACCUCAUGCAGGCUCCUCACUUGAUGCCUCGCUUUACUGUACCCCCUCCGCCUGUCACGAACUUCGCAGGCGAUGACGUUCCAAGACAAAUGAAGGUCAUACUCCCAGACUCAAGUCUAUCCUCUGACUCUGCGGCAGGCGCUAAAUCCACCCCCGGUCGCAGAACUAGGCAGCUAUUACCGUCGUUUUUGAAAAAAUCCUCCCCGGAAAGCUCACACCGAGGUGCGGAUUCUAGCAUAAUUACCAAGGCAAAAUCGCUCGGAUCAAGAGCAAAACUGCCAUCCGGGUUUGCAUCAGCGUCCAGCGCUACAAUGUCUUUAAGUAUUUGGAGCUCAAGGUCGAGCUCACGUCUUGGCGUUGACGCCCCAUCGACCAUUUCGCAGUCUUCUAUCUCCUCUUCAGGUCAGAGCAUGCUGUCCAAGUGGAAGAAGGGAAUCACAUCGAUUCAUAGGAGUCACAAGCCAUCGACAAUGCUACGAGCCCAGUCGCCAGGCCUCACUAUCGAAGAAAUCGAGCAUAUGAAGCUUUCCCAGUCGUUUCACCAGACACAGAACUCAGCUCAACAGCUGCAGGAGUAUCGGGAUAGUCUCGGCGGUGAGUCUGUCGAUAACACCGCUCAGUCAUCCUCGCAUUCGGAAAUGAGGCAUAACUCUAGUCUUCGCCCGCCUCCACAGUUGAGUCUUUCCGAGCUCCAAGAGACGGAAACUUCGCUUCAAAUCCUUUCGCGACACAUCGACUUUGACGACGAGCUAUGCGUUGCUCGCUCCGCAAUUGCUUUUAGCAAUCUUCGAUCCCUUUGCACCAACCAGACCGUAACGGUCGAGUUCCAAACUGUGAACAACUGGGCGGACAUGAACAAUUACUCACAGGCCCACGACAUGUACAUUUCUGACGCUAGCAGAAAUAGCUAUGCUUCCUACGUGUUGAGCCGCAAUGAGCCUAAGAUGGACCGAGGACCUUCAGGCCAGGGUUCUAUUAUCGCCAAAAUUAUGACCACUCUUUGCUUCAUCCCUGGCCCCGAAAUGGAUCCCGAAGAUGCCAUCUUUGGAGAUGAGAACUUCGUCCCAACCGAGCCCCAGAACUUGGAAGAAUGCCACCAUGGACUACAUUAUUUCCAGUGGCAGGACCGAAUAUCUUUCCAGGGUCCAUUAUUCUAUUUGACAGAACGUAAUAACUGGAAGGAGGCAUGGUUCUGUAUCGUUGGAUCAAGUCUUUGGCAGUGUCGCGCACCAAAUGCGUCAGCAUCGCCUUUAUUAGAGCAAGCAAAAAUUAAGCUGGAGCGAAUCCGUUGCUUGGACUUGGAGAGCGUGCGACAGAUCGGGACUGGUCAGGAGAGGCUUAAGGCAACCGCCCAGUACUUGGAAGGCCAGGAGUUUCACAGUUCUUGCCAAGGCGAUCCAUGGAAUGACUACAGAGUAGUAGACGAGGAAGACAUCCCGGAAGAUGAAUCGCUUUGCCCUGUGCGAAACGGAUUCCGACUGCAUCUUCAUCUAUCCAAUGGAUCUGACAAUGGCAGACAAUUUGUUGCUCCGAAAGUGGCGGUUCAGGACUUUUAUGCAGUCUCGCAGGAGAUGGCACAGAAGUGGGUUAAUGCUCUGAUGUUGGCAUGCCGAAGCCGGCCUGUAAGGCCUUAUUGGCUGCGCGAUUGAGCGGCGCACUUCCUUGUGUCUAUAAGUUCUUCGGAUGUAAUAAAGCACUGCUCUGGCGAGAAGAAGGGGGC